GACCUCUGGAAGGAAGUAAUGUCAGGGAUGUAUGACAUUAUAGGAUGUGCCCCAGAAAGAAUAAACACACUCGCCUUGCUUGGGUCUAGGAUCUUCAAAAAUAAAUUGGGAUUCUGUGUGAUUGAUGAAGCUCACCUAGUCAUACCUUGG